AUGAGGAAGAGUUUUAACCUACAUAGAAAGAUUAACAAGUUGAAGUUGUUCUAUAGCCUUCCAAAUGCUCAAGGUAUUCAGAUCAUGGUGAAUAUUGGGACUUCAACCUUUUCCCCAACUCCUCAGGCGACCACCAUUCCUGCUCCUCCCACUUCUCUUAACUUAAGCAUAGAGAUUUAUGCUUAUGCAAUCGAGAUGGAUCAAUGUGUGUACAUUGCGGGCACUUUAACCAUGAAGGAAUCAACUACGCCUAAAGUUUCAACAAAGUCGAUCCAAGAAUAA